AGGGUUGAGCCUCCUUCCGGGCGCGAGGCUACGGCUGAGAGGAGCCGAGCGCGGCUGGUGGAAGCCGGUGAGGCAGAGCCGCGAUGUUCCGUAUCGAGGGCCUCGCGCCGAAGCUGGACCCCGAGGAGAUGAAACGGAAGAUGCGCGAGGAUGUGAUCUCCUCCAUACGGAACUUCCUCAUCUAUGUAGCCCUGCUGCGAGUCACUCCUUUUAUCUUAAAGAAGUUGGACAGCAUAUAAAGAUUGGACAAUACAUGUGAAUGCAUGAUAUGAAGAACCUGGUUACAGUUUCUACUCUGCAAAUGAAUAGGCCCAGAAAGAUGUAAGAGACUCUGCUUGAAUGGACAUAAAAUUUCUACUUGUUAAGAACAAGUUUGGUUGUGGUGACUGACCUUCGUAGCUAAAACAGAAAACUACUUGGGAAACAUGGAAACACGUUUCUUGUGCCUGUGAUACUCAGCCUCCAUGAAUGUUGGUAUAAUUGUAAAUAAUGUCAAACUCCAUUUUCUAGCAAUUAUUAAUUAUAUAAGGGAAUUAUGUCUGCAGUGGCCCUGUCUUGUCAGUCAUUUCUAGUGACCUUUUUACUUCUGUCAGGAGUAUACUGAAGAGCUCCUUAUGCCUAGUUAUGUUUUAUGGAAGCCAGCACACAUCCACGACAACAUUUAAGCACAGGACCAUUAGUCUAUAUUUUUAAUAAAUGUACCAAUUAAGAAAAA